AUGAGAGCUGCAUCUUACACCCAGAAGAGCCUGCAAGUUAGUGGCUCUGGCAGCAGAGUAAGGGUUCAGAGUCCGUCGCCAUCUCGGUGCCGUGGAUCUUCAUACGACAGCCGUGGACGCUCAGGUUAUCCUGGCACUGCCAUUGAGUUGGGCACAGAGAUACACCAGCACCACGCCAAUGAGAAAGAGGAGAUGCAGGAACUCAAUGUAAAGUUUUCAGGAUACAUUGAGAAGGUCCAGGCACUCGAGCAAAGAAACGCUGCUCUUCAAGCUGAGCUUGCUUCCCUGCAGAGGCGCUACAAGGGUGGCCCCACAGCCAUCGGAGAAGAAUAUGAGCUCAAGUUUAAAGAGGUGCGGGAGCUGAUUGAGGCCCUGACUAAUGAAAAGGGAGCAGCUGAUAUUGAAAGGGGCUACAUAGAAGAAGAGGUUGAAGUGUGGAAAUUAAAACUGGAGGAGGAGCUUGCACUCAAAGAAGAAGCAGAAAUGAUCCUGAGGGAGUUUCGCCAAGAUGUUGAUAACGCAACACUGCAGAAGGCUGAGCUGGAGAAGCUCAUUGAACAGCUGGUGGCAGAGAUAGAGUUUCUCAAGAAGCUGCAUGAUGAAGAGGUGGCUGACCUCAUGAAGCAGAUUGAGGACUCAAAGAUUACUGCCGAACUGGAUGGCGAUCGUCCUGACCUGGCUGCCUACCUGCGCAACAUGCGUGCAGAGAUAGAGGCCGUCGCUGCCCGCAACGUCCAGGAAGCUGAGAAGUGGUACAAGAGCAAGUUUGACACCCUCAAGGAGCAUGCUGGCAAACAUGAAGAACAGAUGAAGACCAUGAAAGACGAGAUCACGACCUUCCACAGCCAGGUGACAGACCUGCAGAACCAGAUUGACGGGCUGAGGGCUCGCAAUACUGCCCUGGAACAGCAGCUUGAGGACAUGGAGAUGUCCCACAUUGAUAAGGUGGGGGGCCUAGAGGGUGUCAUCGCUCAGUUGGAGGCCCAGCUCUGCGAAACCAAACUGGAGAUGACCAAGUAUCUCCAAGACUACCAGGAACUGCUGCACAUUAAGCUCAAGCUGGAUGCGGAGAUCGCCACCUACAGGAAGCUGCUGGAAGGAGAGGAGCAGAGGCUUGGAAUUGCCAAAGAUGUCUAA